UGUUUGAUAUGUGGUAAUAAAAUUUCAGGCGUGCUGCAUUAGGUGAACAGAUAUAUUUCUUAUGCUCGUUAUACAGUUACUGUCCAAAAAUUGCAAUGAAUGACGUAUCACCAUUUUCAGUUAACUUGACCUAAUUUUAAAGCAAGUGUAAUGUUAGAUAACAUGGCGAGUUAUGUGGGGAUUGGAUGUAUGUCUGGGUCGUCGUUGGACGGACUGGACCUGUGUUGUGUGGAGUUUAUGGGGGACCGGGACACGGACGUAUGGGGCUACCGAAUUUUGAAAGCUGAAACAAUACCAUAUGACCAAGAAUGGACUUCUCGGCUGGCUGGCGCACGAGAUCUUAGUGGCGAGGGAUUAAUCCGGCUACAUGUUGAGUACGGUCACCUACUGGGGAAAGCAAUCAAGAAAUUCAUUGACAAAAAUAAACUUAAUGUGGAAUUUAUCGCUUCUCAUGGACAUACGAUUUUUCAUAACCCUGAUCAAAAUUACACGUUUCAGCUAGGAGACGGAGAAACUGUGUCUCGAUAUUUGGAUUGUCCGUUUGUUUGUAACUUCAGGAACAAAGACGUGGCAUUUGGUGGUCAAGGAGCCCCUUUUGUGCCAUGUGGCGAGAAAUAUCUUUUCCAGGCUUACGAUAUUUGUAUAAAUCUUGGUGGAAUUGCAAACAUCGGCGUACAAGGCAGUAAAGGUUAUGAUAUUUCCCCAUGCAAUUAUGUGUUGAACAAAUUAGCGGCUACACACGACGCGUCCUUGACUUUCGACUUGGAUGGACAAAUUUCAAGUCAAGGUCAAGUGCUGAAUGAAGUGCUGAAGGAACUAAAUUCGCUGCCAUUUUACUCUCAGCCACCUCCCAAAUCACUUGGUGCGGAGUGGAUUGAGGAUAACGUUCUGCCGAUUUUAGAUAUGACGUCGUACAAAAUUCCAGACUUGAUGAAAACAUUUGUGGAACACGUGGCAUGUAAACUUGUGGAGGCUUGUGAGACGGCCCAGUCAAUUCCUGGCAGUCAACCUUCGGUUAAAAAGAUGACUGUGUUAUUGACUGGAGGUGGGGCAUUCAACAAAACGCUGGUCGAGGUGUUCCGCGGGAAGCUAGAAAAACUCGGCAUGCACCUGGAGGCCUCGGAUAAUGACACCAUCUGUUUUAAGGAAGCCCUGGUGUUUGCUUUCCUGGGACUGAGGUGUAUAUUUGGUGAGCACAACGUGUUUAAGGACGUGACGGGGAGCGAGUCGGAUUCUGUAGCAGGCAGCAUUCACUUGCCAGUAUCCACGGCUAAUGAUUAUUGUAUUACGUAUUUUCACAAGAAAAAGACGCUCAUUUAAUGAUGUAAAUCUCAUUUUCUCCGUAAAUUGACAAAUUGUUGCUAUGAAUUGUUAUUGUUAUGACUUUUUAUAACAUAUUAAAAAUACAAGGAU